AUGCUCCGUGGCGGAACCCGGUUUAAGCAAUCUCCUAACCAGAACCUGACAUCAAACUAUGUUCUGAACGAAAUCAAGGAAACUGUCGUACUGGAACUGAGGAAAACGCAAGCCAAUUUUGAAGAGCAGCUUAUUGAAAAAAUUAACAAAUUACUUGCUGAGCAAUUUUUGGCGCUAAAAAAUGAAUUUUUAGAAAAGAUCAAUAUGGUGACGACUAAAAUCCAACAAUUAGAAGUAACGCUUAUGACAAAAGCAGACACUUAUAAGGAUGCAAUAACUAAGAAUUUGAGUUUAAAUACAAUAUCAAUUAAAGCUGGUCAUAAAACUAAAACUCAGUCCCAGAUGAAAGCGAAGCCCGUCGUACAAAAUGAAAAACCAAGUACCUCGCUCGCAGAUUCAGUACCUGAUGCAGAUAGAACUAUGCAGAAGUCCCGCUCUAUAUCUGCUCUUGCAGUUGGCGAUCCCGACUCUGAUAACCUUGACAAAGACGGAUGGGUGGAGAAAGGCACAAAUCUGUUGGAGUUAUUCGAAGAGGAUUCUGAGUGUGAAGAACCGGAGUUGGUGCAAGUUUAUUUAAGGCUAAAACCUUGUAAUAUUCCAAGUAAUUUAUAUGAAAUAAAAUCAGAUCGCUGUUUAAUUACGUCUUUGGAUACUGCAACUGUGGGUCAUGGACGGCGAACUCAGCAUAAUGUAUCGAAAAUGUAUUCGUUUACUCAUAUAUUUGGGCCAGAGGCAAAUCAAAAAGAAUUAUUUGAACGUGUUGUAAUGGAUAAUUUAAAAAAGUUGCCUGAAGGAAACAGUUUCACAUUACUUACAUAUGGAGCUUCUGGUUCAGGCAAAACAUUCACCCUCAUGGGUACAGUGGCUGCACCCGGUCUUGUUCCUCGAUCUCUGGAAUAUGUUUUUAGAGUAGUAGAUGCAGCUCAGAGACCAGUAUAUAAACCGGCUGACAAUGGUGCAGAGAAGCUUAGCAAGGCUGCGCAAGAUCAUGAGAUGCAGUUUGUGAAACAGAUGCGACAUGUGUCAGCACCAUUAAGAGAUAAAUAUCGCCGAAUGAGUGUACAGCUAAGGAAUGAUCUUACCACUAGCGAUAUGGAAUUGCCUAGAAAAACAAAAUACUAUGUUUGGGUGUCCUUUGUAGAAAUCUACAAUGAAGGCAUUUAUGAUUUACUUUCAACCAGUGACAGGAGUUCUGCAUCAAAGCUUGUCAUUCGAGAGGACUCCAGUGGCAAUGUUUAUGUCAAGGGAGCGACACAAGUAUUUGUGAGAACUGGGGAGGAGGCUUACGAUGUUAUGGCGGCUGGAAAACAUAACCUACAAGUCGCAGCUACUGGAGUGAAUGCACACUCCUCUCGCUCACAUUGUAUCUUCACCAUUACUAUGCUGACACAAACUGAUGUGGGUUGCCGGGUGUCGAGCGUACGUCUGUGUGACUUAGCGGGCUGCGAGCGCGUGAGACGCACGCAAAACGCCGGUGCCCGGCUAGCGGAGUCCCGCGCCAUCAACUCCUCGCUGCACGUACUGGAGCGCUGCUUGCGCACACUGCGCAGGCGGCAGCGCGCCGGCAGAGAUGCGCUCGUGCCGUACCGGUACGUACCGUGUCGUGUCGCGUGGUGUCGCUGUACAGCACAGGACCGCGCCAUAAACUCCUCGCUGCACGUGCUGGAGCGUUGCUUGCGCACACUGCGCAGGCGGCAGCGCGCCGGCAGAGAUGCGCUCGUGCCGUACCGGGAAUCAAAGCUGACGCGUCUUCUUGGCGCUGGCUUGUCCGGCGCUCGUGGGGAAGCGGUUAGCGUUGUUGUGACCAUUACCCCGGCACCAGAAUGUGCUCAUGAAACUAGACACGUGCUACAACUUGCCGCGGUCGCGAGAGACAUCCAGGUCAACAACACAGUAUCUGAAUACUCAUCUCUGGAGACGACACACCAAGAUACAAUAAUAGCUCACAACCCAGAUGUUUUGAAACUUCGAGCUGAUAAUGAGCGAUUGCAUUUCGAACUAAUUCAGGCCCAUGCGCGAAAUAAAGAAUUGUUGGCUGCAAUGGAGGAACGUCAGGCUGAAACGGCGAACACUAUGCAGGAAUUGGUUGACGAAGCUAAGGACUUGACACGGCAGUAUUAUGAAGCACAAAUACAAUCUUUGAGGGACGAGAUGGAAGAAAUGAAAGAGGAAUACGAAGCUAGAUUAUGCAAGCUCGCAUCGCAAGCUCCAGCAUCCAUUGAAGGCACACCGACUCGUGCUUUACAAAACAAGAUAUCACAACUUAUGAGGGAGAUAGCUAUUCUAGAGGAAAAACUUUCAGCAGAAGAAUUGGCACGCGCAAGAGCUGAAGAAGAGCUCCAACACUUGCGAGCUUGCAUCGAAGAGAGAGAUGAAAAAGAUUACGAUGACGCCCAGAAGCAAAACGAGGAAGUCAUGUCUGUUACUGACAGUGAAGAUGAUAGUCACGAAGAAGAAGAAGACCCGUUCAGUGAAAGUCUAGAACCAACGUUCAAAAAAGAAGAUAUAAAUCGAUCACGAUUAAUGAGGCAAAGUCUAGCCAACGUAAAUCGUAGUACAAACGAUGACAGUAAAGUUGAUGAUACCGGAACUGACUACGUAAUAGUUGACAUAAAUAAUCAGACGAUAGAAAAGAUUAAUGACACUGUUUCAUUGGAAAAUUCUGGUGACACUUUAAAAGAUAUUGAUGUCAUUAAUGAGAAAACUUAUACUGGCGAAGUCGAAGAUAACGUUACGUGUGAGGAAAACGAUAAGGAAAUUGACGAAGGACUUGGCGAGUUAAGUAGAGAAGUUGACUGUGUAAAAGUUGAUAAAAGUUUUAAGAAUGAAGAAGUUAACACAUUUAAUUCUAGCAAUAGAGGGACGUAUUUUAUCAAUAAUACCGAGACUGUUCUUAGCUCUAGUGAUGCGGUUGAAGAGAAGUCUAAAAUGCAAACGUUAUUACGUGGCACAUAUUUCGUAAGAAAAUCUCAAGAUGACAGCAAGUCGGAAAAUUCCACACAAGAACAAGAAAAUAACUUUUCUGUAGGACAAUGUGAAGUUAAAGAAAAAUAUGAAAGUACAAAGCAGAAAGAAGACAUCAAAACCAACACAAAUGUGCCUCUUGCUAUGUCUGAUACGUUAGUGAAUAAAAUACUGAAUUCUCUGGAAUCCAAAUCGAGUGCUCAUAAUUCCAACACUUCUCUUGCACAAUUCGAGCAGCUAGAAAUGGCAGCAAACGAUUUCGAUGAUGAACCAAAAAGGAAGACUUUCGAUGCACUUACAAACAUAAAAACUCUCAAAGAGAAAAGAAUCUUCUUCUGUGACAAUAUUCCUGAAGAGCCUUCAAAAGAUUUCCUUAAUAUAGAGUCAAACAAAGAAAAGAAAGUCUUUUUCGAUAAUUUAGAUGUUAAUGUCGAUAAUGAAAAUAAAAGAGUGUCAGGCAUUAAAAAUAUUGUUUAUUUAAAAAAUGAUGAUGUGAGGUCACCAUCGAUUGUUAAAGAAGAAACUGCAUGUGAUUUUAAGCUGAGCACAAUGAAGAAGCUUUUCGGGGAGAGCUUAACUAGACAAGCUGAUCCAAUUUCUGUCAUUCAAAAGGCGAAUAUUCUAAUUAAUAAGAGUUCCGAUUCCGUUGACGUAUUUGAAGGUUAUGAUUCACCACAAAUUGAAAUAGCUCCAAAAAGCGAGCAAGACGACGUAGAAAAUUUACAGAAAUUUUUCAAAAAUACUGUUUUAACAGAUGAACUUACCAAAAUAGACGUGAAAUGUAUGAUAACACCGGAAAAACAAGUAGAAAAAGAGAUUCAAACAGUAACCAAACCUUCAAAAAGAGAGCAAGAUGACGUAGAAAAUAUACGGAAAUCUAUCGAAAAUAUUGUUUUAUCAAAUGAACUUGCCGAAACAUGUGUGAAAAGUGCGAUAAAAUCAGAGAAACCUGUGGAAAAAGAAAUACAAGCAGUUCCCAAACCAACCAAAGAUAAUACAUUUCAUGAAGAAGCGAACGCAAAAAUUGACAAUACGCUAGAAGAAUUUGAAACAAUUUAUAAAGAUAUAUCUGAACCGAGAGCGACGCAAUUUGAUCUGUUGGUAGGACAGGAUGUAAACAUCACUGACAGUAAUAAAGAUACAACUACCGAAGCAAAGGAAUCUGUAGAAACGAAGUAUAACUUAAGGAAGAGACUAAAGUCUGAAAGUAAUGAUAACAAAAGGGAAUUGAAUGAUAAUGAAGUAUUAAUGAAGAGUCAAGAAAAAAGCGCAAGAAAAGGCAAUACAAGGAGGACUUUACGGUUGCGAAGACAAAAAUAUCUAGAUAAUGAUAGUUCUGAGCAAGAGAGAAGUGCCAAAUUGAAAGACAUAAUCAAUUUGCAAGAGGAAUUCUCUGACGUCACUAUGAAUGUGCCGGCGCCCAAGAAGGAGGUCAAAGAUAUAGUUUCUCCUAUUAAAAUUGAGGAAGAAGAGAAUUUGCCUCCGAUAGAAGGAAUACAGAGUUGCCCAUCGAAGAGUGUAGCACGCAGUAGAAGAAAGCUAUUCACGCCUCGCGCAGAACCACUCGAAGAGAGUUUGAGCCAAGUGGGCGACAGUAAUGAACGCGUCCGUGUCCCGAGGCCGUCGUAUCACCGUCCUAGAGCCCGACGCAAGCUCUAA